AUGGGUGAUAAAUAUGAAAUGAUCGAUCAAAAUAAUAUUAACCUGUUGACAUCACCAAUGGAAUCACCAUUUGCUGAUCCAACACCAUUACCAGAUCCAGAAGCAGAACCAUUAAAAAGUUCUACUACUGAUCUUUAUACCAAAAAGUUUGAACCUGAAA